CAGACCGACUUAAGACACAUUACGGAGCAAGAAUAGGAGAAUGAAACUGAUACGUUGAAUUGUUGAACGUCACAAUGACAAUGUCAUUUCCAAUAUUGAGAUAACAUCCAUGUUCAAUAAAUAAUUCAGUUCAGACUCGUCUGAUCCCACGGACACAGCAGCCCGACACGACGACACGCGACAGCACCUGAAGGAUGGACCCCUGUGACUGCUCCAAGAGUGGAACCUGCAACUGUGCAGGAUCCUGCUCCUGCACAAACUGCUCCUGCACCACCUGCAAGAAGAGCUGCUGCCCCUGCUGCCCCUCCGGCUGCACCAAAUGCGCCUCUGGCUGCGUGUGCAAAGGGAAGACGUGCGACACCAGCUGCUGUCAAUGAGGAGCCUGCAACAUCAGCCCUCUACUGACACGAGAUGGCGGCACUUUAAACGACGAUUGCUUGUUAAUUUCUACACAUAACUGUUUUGUACUUUUCUUUAAUGUUGAAAUAAACAUAUCUUCCCUAACGUG